GAGAUGUAGAAGAAGGAUUGAUUAAGUAGGAGUUACGAAAAAGGCACGAGAUAUUUAAAAUCUCGGCAUCAGAGCGAGGAAUCACAGGCUUUCUUCUUUUUUUCUUUCUCAGAGUCCAAGAGCGAAUAAUAAAGAGCAGAGAAAGAGAGAGAAAGGUUUCAUCUUUUGGAUUUCCAGCAAUAAAUAUUACUCUUAUCUUCUUCGUCAUUGCUUCUUCGUCUCCGAGCCACAAGAGAACUCCAUAUAGAACCCCCUUCUUCCCUUCCCUUUGGAUCUCUCAUGGCGGCUGUCGCACUGAAGGAACAACUAGCCUCGCUGAUGGACUCCAUGUACCAGGAGGGGUUGCUGGAUGAGCAGUUUCAACAGUUGCAGAGUCUGCAGGAUGAGACUAACCCUUGCUUUGUCAUGGAAGUUGUCACUUUGUUCUGUGAUGAUGCUGAGAGGAUUUUUGGCGAGUUGGAUAAAAUAAUGAAUCAGCCGGUGAUUGAAUUCCAACAAGUGGAUGCUUAUAUCCACCAGCUCAAAGGGAGUAGCUCGAGUGUGGGUGCUCAGAAUGUGAAAUUGGCAUGCAUUCAGUUCCGUCAUUCCCUUGAGGACAAUGACAGAGAAGGGUGCCUCCGUGCUCUGAAUGUUGUCAAGCGUGAAUAUCUGCAUCUAAGAAGCAAGCUUGAAACUAUGCUGCAGCUGGAGCAGCGGAUUCAAGCCUAUGACAAACAGAAAAAUUGAGGAGAAACUUUUUCCAAACUUAUACAAAGGAGCCAAAGUGAAGGACUAAAGAAUUACUCCAAAAUUUUGGUCAGAGCUCCAUCUAAAUAAUGAGCAGGAUGCAAUUUAGAUUUACUUCAUAUUGUCUGUGAGUUAACCCAAAUACGUAGAACAUGGUGGCUCUACGUGCCACAAUAUAUGUUUUUGUGAAAGAUGUGUAAACAUAAAACGUCGCAAACGCAUUGUUCUUACAUUUACAAAUCAUGCACAAGGUGCAAGGACAAGGGCUUAUAUUGCUA